UGCCGCACAGCAACGUAAAUACGUGCGGCUUUACGUGCACAUGCGCUGUGCAGACAGAGGAAGGAAGCAAUGUCGAUAGAAGAUCCAUUUUUCGUUGUGAAGGGAGAGGUGCAGAAGGCCCUCUCUCGUGCUCGGUGUCUGUUUGAUAGGUGGGAAGAACUGAUGCAGGAUGGGACACAGGUGAGUCGAGAUGAGCUGGACUGGAGUGCCAAUGAGCUGAGGAACUGUCUGAGGGCUAUUGACUGGGACCUGGAGGACCUCAGUGAAACUAUCAGUAUUGUGGAGUCAAAUCCCGGGAAGUUCAGGCUCGGCGAUAAUGAGCUUCAGGAAAGGAGAGACUUCGUGGAGCGAACCAGGAAGUCUGUUCAGGAGAUGAAAGAUCAGUUAUCCAGUCCUUCUGCUGUGGCUCAGGCUGAGAAGAAGAAUAAACAGGGUCAGGAAAGAUCAACAGGUCUGGAAGCUCAUCUAGUGUCGGCAAACUCCAGAUACAUUCAGGAGCAACAGGAACAACAGCAGUUGAUCAUGCAGGAGCAGGAUGAGCAGCUGGAGUUGGUGACGGGCAGCAUCAGAGUCCUCAAAGACAUGUCUGGACGCAUCGGGGAUGAGCUCGAUGAGCAAGCUGUCAUGUUGCAGGACUUUGGAGACGAGAUGGAUCAGACGUCGUCCCGCAUGGACUCUGUUCUAAAGAAGCUAGAGAAAGUGUCUCACAUGACGAGCAGUCGGAGACAGUGGUGUGCCAUCGGUGUGCUGGUUGCCAUCAUGAUUGUGGUCCUCAUCCUUUUCUUUGCUCUCUGAUGUCGGUGACCUCUGACCUCCUAUGUUCAACUCCCUCCUGUCAGGAUGAACGGACAGAUAAAGAUGGAAGAUGUGUGUCCUGUUUCCCCUCCAGUAACUCCAUUUACACACUCCCAAGCAGAAACUGGUGACCUGCAGAGGGAAAGGCUGCUCUGCCUUUUUAAUGAAUCUUAAUGACGAGGAAGAAAACCAAAAACCCAGGUUUCUCUCAGCAGCAGAGCUCAGCUUGAGGGAACUCUUAAUGUUACUGUUUCAUAUUCGUGCGUUGCAAUGAUGGAUGGGAAGCGUGGCGUGUGAUGGAGAUAACUUGGCAGGAAGGGUUUGCUGUUGGACUAAAACACAAGUUUAAUAAAUCAAGUUAUGUUCCAGUAUCUGAUUCAUGGCAGUUUUAUAGCUGAAGUGUUGGAUCAAGAUCUCCAUUGUGUUUUAAUUCAGCAGGAUUCACGUGGUAGGGGUGUGGUAAUGCCUUAAAUAUAUUUUUAUACUAUUUUGAAACGUGCAGUAUGUUCAUGUGCCUGCGCUUUGACUUCUUGGGAUGUCGUUUUAAGUUCUUAACUCUAAAUUGUCAGUUAAACCAGAGGCGAGGCAGGUUUUCUCUCCAGUCCACCACAGCAGCAGCAGAUUUCACUGACAAACAGCUCGGCUGAGGAGGAAGUGUUGGUGAAAACAGCUGAUGUAAUGAGCGCGUGUGUGUGGUCAAAACAUGAAAAUGUGCUGGCUCAGACAUGAAGUCACCAUCGCUGGUUAUAGAUGCUGUUUUUGUUCAUCAGCUGAGCUCAGAAAUGUAGAUUCUUGCUGCAGAGAGAUUUAUUUUUCCCCAAAUUGAUAUGAGUCUCAGAAAGGUGAAGUCUGCAGCAAGCCGCCUUUGCGUGCCUUCAGACGUUUAAGCACAUGAUUGGCUGGGGCUUUGUGCCUCUCUGGGUGAUGAGAGGCAGCCUUGGCUCACAGCAAAUGGCUUUGCCUCCUUUUGUUAAAAAGCUCCAGCUAAUGAGGAGGGAUAGUUGCUGGGCAAGAUGUGUCAGCCUGCCGCCCAGAUCUAGGCUCACAGCUCCCUCUGCUGGACGUUUUGGGUCGUGCAUUACUAAGGAGCAUUUUGUGUUGUUCAAGAACAAAAGUUUGUAUUUUAUUCUUUUCUUUAGACUCUUUCAUACUGUCGAAGUGACACUCCAAAUUCCUUCAAACGUUGGACUGAGAAGAAAAACAAUUUCUUGUAUUUGCCUGGUUAAAGGCAGAAAAUCUUGUUUUGUACAGGCUGGUUUAAAGAUGGAUGCGUCCUCACUGCCUCCUAGUUUGUGUGCUUUUAUGCGUGUAUCCUCUUAAUGUGUGCUUUAAUGUGCUUUUACAUAUUCAAGCCUGCACUCUUCAGGGGAGGAAAUUAAUUAAAAAAAAAAAAAAAAGAUGAGCGUAGUUUUCACUCAAUGUGUUCCAGUUAAAACCUCUGCAUGUAAAGCAGAGGUCAAAGAUGCUAAAAGUAAAACUUUUAUGAUGCUGAACUGUAGACCACUACAUCUGAUUAUACUGUUAUAUUACAUCUGGAUUAGAAAAGCACCAUUAACUCAUAUAGUGCUGUUUUUUAUUUUUUGGUAUUUUGUUUAAAGGAAGUUUUUUUUAUUAUUAUUAUUAAUGGUACCCAAAGAAAGUAAAAUUGUGAAUGAGCUGUGGUUCUUUUUUUUAUCUUUGGUAUUACAAGCAUUCAUGUAAGACUUUAAAGAUAAAUCUGCUUUAGAAGCUACUAACAGCUGGUCAUGUUAAGAUAAUGAGCUUUUUUAUUGUGUCUAUAAUGAAAUCAUUAAAACAAAUUGUUCUAAUUUUAUACCAUUAAAAUACUUUUUACAGAUAUCAUGAUAAAACCACCUAUUCAGAGUGGAUUUGAAGCACUAAUAAUCUCAACAGUUCAAAACAGAAGUGAAUUUCUUCCUCACUAAACGUGCCAAAAGUCAGAAUCUGUUCCAUGGGAUCAACUAAUUACCACAACUAGUAACUAUUUAAACUUUUUGUCAGGUAAAUUAGUUCUCUUUUGACUGUAAAACAUUUCAGACGACACUGAUUGUUAUCAUUGUGAUGUUUUAAAAUUCGUUUAGUUUUCCUGCCAUGUUAAAUCAGUUCUCUGUGAAGUGAUCAAACGAGCGUGGACGCAACUUGUAAAACGGCUGACUUGUAUGUUUGAAUGAAUACAGUAUUCAGAGUCUUUA